CUCGUCCUCUGGUAUAUUAUAGGCAUCUUCCGGAUCCAGCUUGGAAAGGUCCAGCUCAAUUGAUUACCUGGGGAAAAGGCUACGCUGCAGUUCAAUUGCCUGAUCGAGUCCUGUGGGUUCCAGCUCGCUGUGUUCGCCCCUGUCAUCUCAAUCAACCAAAAAAGAAAGAUGAAGAUCCUUCUGAUCCUAUCACUGAUCUCUCUUGCCUCUUCUGUCCCUAAUGCCUCUUCCUCUCUUCCUAAAUGUACAUUCCUUGAACGUUUAAGUGCUUAUAUAAGAGUUCCUCAUUGUAGAAUACUAACCCCUCUUGGGGGUCGUGCGGAACUUGUUUGCAGACAACGCCAUCCCUUGCUGCAUCCAGCUCAGUGGACAUGGCUAAAGAAUGGAUAUCCAGUCCAUCCCUCUAACAAUACUUACAUUAUAUCUUCUCCCUGUUCCACUUCUCUGUUAAUUUUUAACAUCUCAUCUGAAGACUACAGCACUUAUGCAUGCUCCCUGUUUUUCCCAAAGCAAGAAAGAUCUUUUGACAUGAAAAUUUCCCUUCUCUCUGCUGCCCAUUUUUCCCCUGGCGUAUCUCGCUUUUUGCCCUCUUCCCACGUUUCUACCUCUGCAGCUCUCCGUUCGCGGCGCUCCUUAUCCGGAGCACAGCAGAACCUGCAUCGUCCCGCAAAUUAUACUUGGACUAUUUUGGACUUCCAAGGAGGCGUCCUUCAUUCCAUCUCUAAUCGAACUCUGUGGCCUUGGUUUCCUGCACUCUACUUUGACUUUGCUGAAAUGCUGGUCGGCGCCCAUGGAUUUAAACGUAAAACAAAAUGUAAUCCUUCCCCUCGGGACGUCUGGUCAAUUGGUCCAGGCCUGUAUAUCUGCCCAGGACAUCUUACUGAUCUCUCCCACCUAGAUGAAUGUGGGACCAUCUCUGACUGGUACUGUAAGUCCUGGCAAUGUGUGUCAACCGGAAAGAUUUGGUGGACUGCUCCCUAUACUACUGACUAUAUCAAAGCUAUACUAGGCCCUGAUAACAAUUUGCCUUGGAAUUCCUGCUCCAAUUGGGCCUGCUGCGGCAUUCGCCUCAAUCCUAUGACUGUUACUUUUACAUCUCAUGGAAGGAGUCUUCCGAUUACUGAAUGGCUUAAAGGGAAAAGAUGGGGGGGAAGGUCGAGAGAUAAUUCCGAUUACAGACAUCCAGGAAAUAUAUUCAUAAUUCGUCUUACCAUGUCCUUAGAAACAUCCCCACCUGUGGGCCCAAACAAACAAGUCAAUUCGCCCUUUUUACAGCCCUUGAUUAAAAGCAACAAUCCAUUGGUGUCCCUGGUCUCCUCUGCGCAUGAUGCCCUUGUGGCAGCCCGUACUUUUCCUAUACACACUACUCUAUUCCUUCCAAUGGCUCUAUUUGGGCCUGCUCUACGGGUGCUACUGCAUGUGUCAGUGGAGACAUUUUACACACCAAACACGCUUUUUGCAUUCAGGUUUAUCUUCUCCCUAAAAUGUCUGUUUUUUCCAAUAAUGAGUUCUUUUCUCGCAUAGAAACACCCCAAUACCUUCCACGAACCAAACGGGAGGUGGUUACUACUAUGACUUUGGCCCUUCUCCUGGGCCUAGGAGCCACUGGUGCUGCAACUGGAAUCGCAGGAAUGGUUGUGGCUGACAAAAACAUCCGCAGGCUCAGUAUUGAAAUAGAUGAUCUCAAACGCAUUGAGCAAUCUAUGGUUGCCCUCCAAAAUUCCCUGACCUCUCUCUCCGAGGUUGUGUUACAAAAUAGAAGGGGUUUGGACUUGCUAUUCUUAAAACAGGGCGGUCUGUGUGUAGCUUUGAAAGAAGAAUGUUGUUUUUACACUGAAAGUUCUGGUGUUGUGCUUGACUCUAUGGCAGAAUUAAAUACCCGAUUGAAAGAUAGAGAACAAGAGCGUUCUCUCUCCCAUACGUGGUAUCAGGGAAUGUUUAAUCUCUCUCCCUGGUUGACCACCCUCCUCUCUGCCCUAGCUGGUCCUCUGAUUUUAUUGCUCCUUGCAUGUACAAUUGGCCCAUGUGUCAUGGGGAGAGUUCUAGCAUUUUUGAAACAACGACUAUGUCCUAUUGCUAAGAAACACUGUUGAAAAUGAAUAUAAACAACCUCUUUUAGAAUUAGCCUCUGAGGCUGAUGAAGACUCUGAAUCGGGAACCAUUCCUUUGGAAAAGUGUACUGACUCCCUGCGGGGUCUCCCGGAGGGGGGAUCCACUGGGGAUGUCAUAGCUUUAGAAGAAUAUUACCCAUCUUAAAAAAUAAAAACAGAGGACAUAUGGAUAUAUCAAUUACCCAUCUUAAAAAAUAAAAACAGAGGACAUAUGGAUAUAUCAUUGGUUCAGGUUUUCUUAGGCCUCACAGCCGGGAGAACUUGAUUUGACUUUUUUCAGUGCUACAUGACAGACAUGAUUCCCUGAAUUAAGUUUCUAUUCCGCCUAACCUUCUCUGAGUUAGAUGCAUAGUAUUGCUCUCCCUGAUUUGGGCCCCUAGCCUUCCCUGAGAUAAGCUUCUAGUUUUGCAUUCCUUAAGUUGAGUUUCUAUUCAGGUAAAACGCAUGAUUUCCUGAAAAACACGUGGUAUUUUGCUAAUACGUAUACUCUAAACGCUUGCUGAUUGGUGAUGUUAAGUUUCUAUAUGCUAAAUUCCCUCAUUGCUGUAGUUACCCCUCCCUGCUAAAACUGCAUAAUAAAAGAGACUGUUGCGAUCUAAGGGGAAUCUUUUUACAACAUCUCUUUUUACAACCCUUUCUUCGUACUCUCUCAUUUUGAAGAACUCCUGGUGUGGUGUCUUUUAUUUGGCUUCUUUCGUCCUUGCGAGGACCCACUAAAUUGUCUCAGCGAGGGCUGAGACCCGUUCCUGCGGGAACCCAGGACAACAUUAACAGGGAACCUAGGACAACAAAUAAGUGUUGCAGACCAACAGCAACAUCGGGGAUAUAUUUGGAGUCUUGUAUACAUAUCAGGGCAACCCUCACAACAGAAAACAGAAAAGGUGGAUAGAGUUGGCCAUAGGGUAUCAACAUACCAGAAGGCAAACUGGUCAGAUCCUUGCCACGUUGUCUAAAGUCUCUAGACAGAUAGGAUUAAGAGGCAGCAAAUGUGGUAACUGCUUUAAAUUAUCUCAUCAAUAUAAGGCUUCUAAUAGGUGAGCAUUCAGGUCAAAUACCUAGGUACCAGGCCACAAACUUGUAGGCCAAACAGGUUAUUGUGCUUAGGGUCCCCUUAAUCCUCACAGAAUCUUAGAGUAGGUAUACAGAUGGGCAUAUGUAUGUAUCAAUGAACAAUUUGAAAGUACUACAUGCUUGGAGCAAUGCACUGUGUUUCUUUGCUGCAACCACCUGAAUAAAUCUGAUAUUAUGACUUUAUAUAUACAGAAACAUAAACAAGAGAAAUGAUCGCUAACAAAUGUAAACUAUGGUCCAUCAUAUUUUUUCCUUGUUAAAAGCAAAUAUUGCUGAUUGAUGAUGUAUGAACUCUUCAACAUGCAAUAUGCUGCAACAGGAUCAUUCUUUUUUAAAAAAAUAUGUUAUUAAAAGUUUUUUUAAAGGUUAAAAACUAAUGCAGACUAAUAAAAGCAAAGAAAAAAGAAGGAAAAAAAUUAAAGAGCAAGUUAAAAGUACAAAAAAGGGGGAAAAGAAAAAUAGAAAAGAACAUAUUACAAAGAAGUGGCUUCCAAUCUUCUUUACAGCAGUUAUAAGUAUAAUUAUAAACUUAUCUUUUUCUUUAUAAAGUUACAACAUGUCUUUCUUCUUUCUAUAAUCUAUCCUAUCUAAUCAUCUAAACCACAGAUCAAAAUUUUAUGUAAAAUCUCCAUAAGGGUUUUCAAUCAGCAAUAAACAGAAAUAUUGUCUUUUCUCAAAUCAAAGAAGACAACUUGGCAAGUUCCAUCAUCUUUACCACCAUUGCUUUAUUUUAAGUAUAUAAUAAGAGGUUCAUUCUUGAGAAAUCACAAUGAAGACUGUGUUGUGUAAGUGAAGCUGUUUGUUUGUUUAAUUUAUAUACCAUCUAUCUCACUCAUUGUUGCAGCGACUCCAAGGCGGUUUACCUAUUUACCCAUCUGAAACUUCAACUGAUUUCAAAAGAGGUUUGCUACACACCCUGCAUUAUUGAAAUUUCCCAUUUAAUUUUGCUGGUGCUGAUAGAUUUCAUUGUGAUUCAUGGUUAAAACCUGGCUACAUUCCUAUAGCUUAGUGCACUGACUUACUUUUUAAAAAUAUGAGUAUUGAAUUGUUUCAUAGAUUGUUAUUUUAGAUGCCCCUGAAACAGGAUGUGUUAUAAAUACCAUAAAUAAAAAGUGGACCAUCAUUUGAUGAACCUUAAUCCAGAGUUUUCCUCCAGUUUGUAGAACUAGUUACACAAUACUUUUCUUUUCACUGAAUGCAUGUUAAGGUGUGGUGAAUCUGAACUUGAUAACUGUUUAUUUUUUAAACAUCUGGAUUUAAUUUUGUGUAUUAUGUUUCAUUCCUUAGCAUUGUAAAGGUACAUUAUAAAGAACUGGGAAAGGGCAAGGGGAAAGUUUUAUGUGGAAAGUUUUCUGGACAUCUGAAGCUCCCAUAAAACAAUCAGAUGAAGGAAUUUCUUCAUGUUUCAGUCCUGGAUUUCUAUAGGACCCCUACGAAUUGCCAACACGUCCUAUUUUCCCCCCCUCCCAAAUACUCACUAACUUGACUAUAUUGAUACAGGCAUAUAAACUCAUAUAAAUGCAAACCAAAUCUUAAUAAUAAUGAUGAUGAUGAUGAUAAUAUUUGUGACACCUCAAUUGACUGAGUUUCAUGUUUAAUGAUAAUAAUAACAUUUGUGAUACAUUUUUACAUAUUCAGUUGACUUUCAUAUCUAAUGAAUAAAAGUUAACAUUAAUAAAUUUAUUAUUAAUAAUAAUAAUCAUAAUCAUAUUAUCAUCAUUAUUAUUUUAUUUGCUGGCAGGGCAUGGAUCUUUCAAUCAAUUCUCACACAAACGGUUGUGUUUGUUUUUAAGCCGUUUGGGGUUGAAAAGCGUGAGCUGGUGGAAGAGAGUUGAUCUCUGAGAUCUCCCUAUCCGUCUUGUGCAUUCCAUGAUUCCUUUAUAUUAGAAUUUUAGCUGCGGGGGGGCGGGGGAGAGAGACAAAAGCAGCUCCCCUCUCUCGCGCUGCCUGCCUUAUAGCUUACACAGGCUUUUUCUCCCAUUUUUUACCCGCCCAACACCUGGCCUGGAAUCCCGCAGAUUCCCGCCACGCUGGACUUCUUCGCUGCCGGAAGUACAGCCCUAGUCUUCUUUGGCUAGGCUGAAGAAGCUGCCAGGCCGUCCGUCCGUCUGUCAGCAGGGAGAGAGAGAGGCGUUAGCACACUUACCACAUUGAGAAAACUCAGUCAACAGGAGUGCUAAUUUAUCAGGUAUGUGGGAGCCAAGAACUCGGCAGCACAAGAAAACAACAGCCAAAAACUUAAUAACCAGCUAUCAACACCCCAGUCAACAAUUUAAAAAACCACACACAACCAGAUACUACAUAAAUACUAUGCAAAGAAUAGCCCAAAGGAUACAUUCUGGUGAGAGAGAAGUUCCCUGAGGAUGAGUUCCAGCACAAGUCCAAAAGCUUGGAAGACUACACUUCUGGUCCCAGUGAUUGAUCCAAACCGGAUCCUGCAACAUUAUCCUGGGAAAUGUACAUUUGCCUUCUUUCAUAGGGGAUUAUAAAAUGAAAUCAAAAGAACUAAUAGCAGAGGGAUAUAAUUGUCAAUGGUUUUCUUAUUUACAGUUACUAGAUUUAAAGUGGACAAAAGAGAUUAUGGUUUUGAACUUUGUAAAAAAAAGUUUAAAUAUAAAUGUACAAAUGCGGAACAAGGUUUUGCUAAAAUAUAUUUCAAAAAGCUUACUGAAGUUUAAAACAGAAGAAGAAAGAAUGAAUGUGAAAGAAUGUAUGAUAAAGUGGGCUAAAAUAUUGGUUAUAAUACACAGAUGGAACAAUGGUGAAAUAUAUGGUUAAAAGGACUGAAAUUUAUUUUUUUGUUAUACUCUUAAAAAACAGUUUUUAUAAAGUGACGUACUGUUGGUAUCUACCACAGGAGAAAUUGUCUAUAAUGUAGAAAGUCAUUGCAAAUCCAUUUUUGAAAUGUGAACAACAAAAAGGAACAUUUUACCAUAUUUGGUAGACAUAAAAAAUGCUAGAAAAUUUUAUAUACUGUACAUAAUGAUUCAGAAGAUUAAAAAAAAUUAAUAUACAACGGACAUCAGAAGUUUUUCUUUGGGAAUUGAUGGACAAACAACUGGGGAAAAAAGUCACAGAACUUGGUUUUUUUGUAGGUGAUAACUGUGCAUUGUAUACACAUAGGUGAAAAGAUUCAGACUGGAGGAAUGGUUGGUGAAGAUGAUAGAACUUACUGUUAUGGCUAAAUUGACUUCUUUGAGCAAAGAAAAGACAAUAUCAAUGUUUAUUGCUGACUGGAAACGCCUUAUGGAUUUUUUUUGUGUAAAACAGAAAAUAAAUGAACUUUAGGAUUUAUGAUUUUGGUAGAUUGAUAGGAUAAAUUAUAGAAAGUAGAGGAUUUUGCUAUAACAUAUAGAGCAAGAGGUAAAUUUAUAAAUGUACUUAAAAUUUUGCUAUCUUAUGGAAAAUAAAGUGAGGCAAUUGUUACUUUUGCAAGCUUGGUCUGAAGUAUAAUAUUAUGGAUUUUUUUUCUAAAAGCAUUUGUAUAUUUUUCACAUAUAUAAGCUACUCCAUUUUUGACUGGGAAGUUUGCAUUCCAGCAGACUUAGAUUAACAUUUUUGAAGGCAUGUAAUGUGCUUUUUUCCCUCUUUUAACUUACAAAAUAUUUUUCUCUUUUAAAAAUAUCCAGUGCCCAGCACAGCUUUUGAUUUUCUGUUUGUUCUUGAUCUGUACUCCCCGAAGUACUAGCUGCUUGAUACAAUUUUCAAUCUGUCUAUUCUCAGUUUUUAUUCCCCUGUUCUGUUACAGAUAAAGAUUAAAGCAUUCUGUUAGAAUUGUCAACAGAGCACGUGAAAGCUUUGCCUCAAUCCGUAAAGACCUCCAGUCAAAAAGUACCCCAUCUAUAUAUAAUAUUUUUAUCUCAAAGAAUAGUUGUCCAAAAUGUCAUAUAUUUGGGUAUAAUUGUGAUUUCUAAUCAAGAUAUAUUUCAGUGAUUGGUAAUUGGUUAAAGAAAACGAAGCAGAGGAUUAUAAUAAAUGGGAGGCAAUAAAUUGUUGCCUACCUACCCUAACAUAUCUGUGGUGGGAUUCUGUGAUUUGCUUUUAAAUAAUGCCCAGCAUUUACAUGUAAUUACAGAAUUGCAGAAGAUUGUGUAGUUAAUUGAUGUAGUAAGAAUCUUGAGUCAAAAAUCCCAUAUUUACUGAUUGUUUUCUGAUGUGACAAUAGCUAACCAGAAGAGAGGUCUCGAAACAGGAUGCAAGACUAAUUUAAUCUUUGGUGUAAUAAUUCAACAGGACUGAUUUUAUUUCUGGCUAUGUUUUAAAAGGAACAAUCCUUAUAUUAAAUAUAGGAUGGUAUAAGCUAGCCACUAACACAUUGUCAAAAAAGAAGAAAUGCCUCUCUGAAUCACACUGUGAAAGACUGACAGGUAAGUUAAUUGUGGUUUUAGACCAGUGGUGGAUUUCAAAAUUUUUUAUUAUUUUUUAUUAUUAUUUUUAUUAUUUUUUAUUGUUCUGUGGGCGUGGCUUGGUGGGCAUGGCAUGGCUUGGCGGGCAUGGCAGGGGAAAGAUACUAUAAAAUCUCCAUUCCCUCCCCACUCCAGGGGAAGGUUACUGCAAAAUCCCCAUAUUCUCCUGAUCAGCUGGGACUUGGGAGACAGAGAAUAGAUGGGGGCGGGGCCAGUCAGAAUUUUUACUACCGGUUCUCUGAACUACUCAAAAUUUCCGCUAUCAGUUCUCCAGAACUGGUCAGAACCUGCUAAACCCACUUCUGUUUUAGACUGCUGUGUUGACUAAUGAUGGUCCGUCUUUCAAGGCCCCCUUUCUCUGCUCUUGUGGGCCUUUAGCCUUUAAUCAACUUGGAUUUGAACUGACUCAGAAAAUAAAAUUAAAAUAAAAUAAGCUAUAGUAAUACAGGAUCCCAGGCCACCCUAUUAAAUAAUAGAGAAGAAAAAGAAAGGAAAAGGGAAGGAAGGGAAGAAAAGGAAGGGAAGGGAAGGAAAGAAAGUUCUAGUGUCAAAAGGGCACUGUACUCACUCACUCACCUGAUCUAUGGUAAAGUUGGUAUGGUAAACCUGUACCUGAAUGAAGACUAAUAAAGUGACAGAACAAGUUCAUUCAUUUACAUGAUCUCUAUCCACGGUUUUAGUUAAAAAGACAGGAAAUAGGACAAAAAUAUUCUGUAUUCUAUAAUAUGUUCUCAUUUCUCUCUUAAGACAUAACUUUUGGUUUUUGUUUUGACUUUUUUUUGGGGGGGGUGUUGUUGAAAUACUGUAAUGUGCUCUACAUGGUGCUGAUCUUGAAAAGUAUCUGGACAUUUCAAUUCGUUCAAAAUGCAACAGCCUGCAUAGUUCUGUGCAAAUUGAGAUUAGUGCAUGUGUCGCCUCUUUUGUACGAGCUGAAUUGGUUAAGUUUGUUUCCAGGUAGAAGUAACUUUUAAGCCUUCAUUGCUUGGGGCCAGAUUAUUUGAAGUAUCAUCUCUUCCCAUUUACAU